AUGCGUGAGAUCGUCCACAUCCAAGCCGGCCAAUGCGGCAACCAAAUCGGAAGCAAAGUAAGUAAAUUAUCCUUUAUAUUUUAUGUCUUUUGUUUAGUUCUGGGAAGUUAUCUCGGAUGAACACGGUAUUCAACCCGAUGGAACCUACGCCGGAGAAUCCGACCUCCAAUUGGAACGUAUCAACGUCUACUACAAUGAGACUGGCAACAAGAGGUUCGUGCCCCGAGCUGUUUUGGUCGAUUUGGAGCCAGGAACCAUGGAUUCUAUUAAGGCUGCUAACUACGGAGCUCUCUUCCGCCCCGAUAACUUCGUGUUUGGCCAAUCUGGUGCUGGUAAUAACUGGGCCAAGGGACAUUACACUGAAGGAGCUGAGUUGGUAGACAACGUGUUGGAUGUUGUCAGAAAGGAAGCUGAGGGAUGUGACUGUCUUCAAGGUGGGUAUUGCAACAUUAUUUUUUUUUUGCUUUUAGAUUGAAAUGCAACCUUUAUAUGGCUGAAUUCUAAAAUCUUUAUUCUUUUCUCAAUUUGUACUGUUAUUUUUGUAACACCUAAACAACUCAGUUUCGUUUUUUAGGUUUCCAACUGACCCACUCUCUUGGUGGAGGCACCGGAUCUGGAAUGGGAACCUUGUUGAUCUCCAAGAUCCGCGAGGAGUACCCAGACAGAAUCAUGUCGUCCUUCUCCGUUGUCCCAUCUCCGAAGGUGUCUGAUACUGUUGUGGAACCCUACAACGCCACUCUCUCCGUCCACCAACUGGUCGAGAAUACCGACGAGACCUUCUGCAUUGACAACGAAGCCUUGUACGAAAUCUGCUUCCGCACCUUGAAGCUGACCAACCCUAACUACGGAGACUUGAACCACCUGGUGUCGAUGACAAUGUCUGGAGUCACGACCUGUCUGCGCUUCCCUGGCCAACUGAACGCCGACUUAAGAAAGCUGGCUGUCAACAUGGUACCAUUCCCUCGGCUCCACUUCUUCAUGCCUGGAUUCGCUCCUCUGUCCGCCAAGGAGUCCGCCGUCUACCGUGCUUCGACUGUCGCUGAUCUUACUCAGCAGAUGUUCGACUCCAAGAACAUGAUGGCUGCUUGUGACCCACGUCACGGUCGCUACUUGACCGUCGCCGCUAUCUUCCGUGGUCGUAUGUCGAUGCGUGAGGUCGACGACCAGAUGAGCAGUGUCCAGAACAAGAACUCGGCUUACUUCGUGGAAUGGAUUCCAAACAACGUCAAGACUGCCGUCUGUGACAUUCCACCUAGAGGCUUGAAGAUGGCUGCCACCUUCAUCGGAAACACUACCGCCAUCCAGGAACUGUUCAAGAGAAUCUCCGAGCAAUUCUCCUGUAAGUUUUAUUAUAACAAUGUCAUUUGUAUGCUAUGUGGCAUCAUUUUAGUUUUGGAUUUUAUUAUAAUCUGAGAAUUUCAGCCAUGUUCCGACGCAAAGCUUUCCUUCAUUGGUACACUGGUGAAGGUAUGGAUGAGAUGGAGUUCACUGAAGCCGAAUCCAACAUGAACGAUCUCAUCUCUGAGUACCAACAGUACCAAGAGGCAACCGCUGAAGAUGAUGGAGAAUACGAAGCCGAACUCCAGGAAGGAGAAGAGGAAUAG